AUGGCGCCUUCCGGAGACCGCCCCGAUACUAGCGAGACGACCCAGCCCUCCGCACAGCAGCAUGUGUUGGGAAUCCCUCGGCCUCCCUCUGUGGGAGGAAUAUCAUCCCGGGUGACGGAUGUUGCCUCGGAAGAUGGGGAGCACUCUCCGUCUUACACGUCGCCACCACCUUCGGUCCAGCCACGCCCCUCGGUCUCUCGGCGUGCUCUCCACACUACCCGCAACUCGAUGACUGCAUCGAGCCAGGUAACGAGCAGACCCGGCAGCUCGGGAAGCCGGCUAAGCAGGACGCACAUUCCGUCCCUGACCGCUCAAGCGUUCUUUCGGCCGAUGAGUUCACAACGACUGCAGGCACACCGUGGAGGGCGGCCGAUGACCAAAGGAACGAUAUCGUCGACCGAUGAUUGGAACGACCAGACCAGCCAGAAUCGGAGGAGCUUGAUAUCAAACAGCACGCUUCAACAUGGAUCUCUUCCCCCGAUUGACAUGGAAGCCCCGCCAUCUCGAGGCACAGAGUUCACGGAUCCCAUCAUUUCCGACCGCAAUACUUCCAAUGCUAGCCCCACGGGAAAUACUACAAUUCGAAGCCUGGGCGAGAGCGUCAGGCUCCUCCGAGAUCGAGAUCAAAAGGACAAACCUCGACCCGGCCAUCUAAACCUCAGCGCGAACUAUAAUGGACACGAUACGCAAGACGUGCCUCCGAAGUCACCUCUUUCUUUCUUGUCCUUGCAGAAUAAGAGCGCCGCGCACAAUCACCACGAUUCCCGGGGUCAUGAGCGACUUUCUUCUGCUGGCUCCUCUCCAGGCCUGAUGGAUGUCAAGAAAGAGUUGCCUAAGAGUAGUCUGGGCAUGAAUUGGGAAUACUUUGUUGGCAAUACCCUCUUCUGUUUUGGUGGCCGGUUCUUGAACUCAAGGGACAAGCCUAUCAACAUCGCUACUGGAGUCUUGGUGGUAGUUCCCUCGGCCCUAUUCUUUGGAUUCUCGGCUCCUUGGCUGUGGCACAACAUCUCCCCUGUCAUCCCCAUCUUAUUCGCAUACGUUUUCUAUAUCUGUUUCUCUUCGUUCGUGCACGCCUCCGUGGUUGAUCCUGGCAUCAUGCCUCGAAAUGUCCACCCAAUGCCUCCCAUGAAUACAUCGGACGACCCACUGGCUGUUGGCCCACCCACAAAUGACUGGGUCAUGGUCAAACUGGCCACGUCCGAUGUUGCGGCUAUGGACGUGCCUGUGAAGUACUGCAAGACCUGUUGUAUCUGGCGGCCUCCCCGCUGCUACCACUGCCGCGUCUGCGACAAUUGUGUUGAGACACUUGAUCAUCACUGUGUCUGGCUCAAUAACUGUGUUGGCCGGCGCAAUUACCGCUACUUCUUUGCCUUCGUGAGCUCGUGUACAAUUUUGUCUUUUUUCUUGAUCGGAGCCAGCCUUGCGCACAUCUUGGUUUAUAUGAACCGUGAAGGAAUCUCAUUCGGAGCCUCCAUCUCGAAGUGGCGAGUGCCCUGGGCCAUGGUAAUCUAUGGUAUUAUUGCAGUGCCAUAUCCGACCUCCCUGUGGGCAUACCACCUGUUUCUGGUCGGCCGCGGCGAGACCACGAGAGAGUAUCUCAACUCUCACAAGUUCCAGAAGCACGACCGUCACCGGCCCUUCACUCAGGGCAAUCUUCUGAAAAACUGGAUUGCUGUUCUGGGGCGACCUCGCCCGCCUACCUACAUGCAAUUCAAGCGUCCAUAUGAAGAGGGAGACCAGCGCUACGCCAUGCAAAAGCGCAAGUAUCUCGCCCGCGACGUCGAAUCUCAGGCGGGGAUUGAGAUGCAAAAUGUCGGUCCCCAUCGACAGGACUAA